AUCCUUGCCAUGCCAUUCGCUGAAUUAUUCAGCAGACUCACUCGCCCAGAAAUCGUUUCCGAGAGAGAGCUGCAGAAUAUAAGAUUUCCUGAUUUCCUAAAUUCAGAUCUUAUUAAUUUUCUUUUUAGAUGCGACCCCAACUUUUACUCAUCUUCCUCUCUCUGGGGGGAGGGGGAUUCGCUUCUCCAGUCCUGCCAGGCCUAGAAGACGAAUUCGAAGACGAUUCGUUCUUGAUGAUAAGCCAAGAAGAAGAAUCGAUAUUGGCGAAAUUUUUGUAUAACGCUAGCGCCACGACCACGACAGCAGCACCUCCUCUUCCUCUUGAUGACCCAAUCUUGUGUUCCAAGGAAUGUAAGGAAGAGUUUGACGUUUGCCCACCAAUUGUAAGCAACGAGAUCACUGCCCCUCAUAUCCUCUACUACUGGCCUCCAGACCCGGAUCGUAAAAAUGGCUUUAAUCCCAUUUCUCUGCAGCUGUCCGAUCAAACAUAUUUCGCCCAUUGUACCAAAUUGGAGAACAACAGCUUGGAAUUUGACAUAGCCAGAAAUGGGGGACCGAAACCUAAAGCAAUCGAAAUACCUGUUCAAAUACUGAACACUAUUAAAAUUCAGAAACUGGUUGAACAUGCGAGAAUCUUCGCAAAAGCCCUCUAUCCGGCAUCGAACUGUUCGACAAUUGACUUUAUUUCUCUAGUAAUCGAACACGGAUUGUUUACUCCAGCGUCAAAAUGGGUGAAGACAUUCGAUUCGAAAAAUCACGUCGACAGGUCUCCCCGAGGUUUGUUUUACGAUGUAAGAGCGUUGGUCAAUGAGUACGAGGAAUUCAAUUGCAGUGGAGUCAGGAAAAUGGGUGACUUGUGGAGGUCGGGAUGCCACAAUUCUGAUGCGAGUUUUCUGAUAGUGACCAUCGUCACAGGGGUGGGUAUUUUUUUGGUGAAUUAUUAACAGUAAUCUGAUUGGAAAUGUUUUGAUGAUUAAGCUGUAGUAUUGAAUUUGUGCUUUCCAAACUAAUUAUUUCUUGAGAAUAUUUUAUCUUUAGUUUUAUAGAAUUUUUGAUGACAUUAACUAAUGCAAAUUUGUUUAGCAUUUCUUGAUUUUUAGUCCUGUUAUGCAGGUUAUAAUAAUAUGGAGAUAUUUCCAAUGUAAUAACAUAAAAUAACUAAACUAUGUCAUAUGAAUUUUUUUUGACGUUAAUAAAUUGUCUGUAUGUAA